UCAUUCGCCGUUUGGAGCGCGCUCGGAGUGGUUUGCUUGGAUUACGGUUUGAUAGAGUCUGCGGCCGCGUGUUUGUACCUCCACCGCUGGUCUAUUAGAACUUUGUUGUUGCUGCGUGAGUGCAGACAGAAGAAUAGAGCUGCAUGUAGCCGACAGCACCUUUACCGCCGGUCGAAAUUAAUUUCAUGUUUGUUCGUCCGUUUGGUUUGGCAAUACCUGGGCAGUAGUGCGGUGACGGGAUUUGAAUUAUUUAUGUUUUUUAUUCGUUCCGGUUCGCAGAACAUGCGUUCACACUCCACACGCUGCAGUGGUAACUGGUGAAGUGUUCAGUUACAGCUCGAGGCCGAGGUAUCCAGAAGUGAGAAGAAGCCAAAUUCCGGUGCUGCUCGAUGGGCCAUGCGGGUUUAGUGAAAGGAUGUGGUUCUGUUCCGCGUUAAGGCACUGUUAACUAAGAUUCUACUUGGCGUUCGCGGCUGAUCAGCGGAACGAGUGCCGCCUUGCUGACACGGUUGACCGGAUUUUUGGAUUUUUGUAAUCCGUUUGGUGUAUAGUGUUGAAACAGUGAACGAAGUGAUUGUAGGUGUUCGAUGUGAACGUAACUCUCGUUAGUGGAUUUAUUUGUUUUGAUAAGCCAAACGAGCUUCCGAAGAGACCCUGAUUGAAACGCUGGAAGAGAUCUUCGUUCGGUGAUGCAAUCCCUUGUUGCGUGAAGCAGUAGUGAUUAAUUUUAGCACACAUGAUAUUACCAUAUACCGUCCGUGACAGUGAUUGCAAAAAAAAACUCCGUGGCUGGGAAAUUGUUUAGAAAACCGGAAAUAAGCUCCAAUAAAAAGUGUAUUUUUAUCUCAACUGAAGAAUCUCCAUAAGCAGCAGAAGAAACCGCUCCUACCGUUCACUUCAUGGCUCUGAAGCAGUGCAAAUCGACUGUAUUGUAGUGGUGAGCUGUAUUGCAUGAAACCGAUUCUCCGACAACGACGGGUGCAAGUCUCCGCCCGUGCGCUCGUCGGGCGUCAAGCACCAUCAUUCGGAUUUCGGAAGAAGAGUGGUUGCUUGUUGUGCUGAUUUUAUUGUUUGGAAGAAGAAAGGAUAACCGAAUGAAGUGAGAGAACCGCCAGGUCAAGGUUAUUUAGAUAUUGCUGAACCUAACCUCCUGUUUGAACGAAGUCGUUUCGGUGUGACCUUAUCGUGUUAGAAAAUGAUUUUUAUGUGAUUCGUCAGUUGGAUAUAUUUUGUAUAUAAUGUAAAGUGAGCCUGAUAUUUGAGAUUAUUUGCUGCUGCGAGUGUUGCACAUUUUCCUCAGUGAAACGGAAACUGCUAGGACGAUUACAUUUUUGUAAGGGUCUUGUGUUUCGUCAGCGGCAUUGAAAUUAUAGCAGCACUGUUGAGCCAGCGUCGGAAUGCUUAUCAUGCCUGAACAUCUCUCCGUAAUGUUGUUUCCAAAUCAGUGAUAAAUAUUUGUAAACCAAGCAAGAAAAAAAAAUCAAAUUCACUCGGUGUGACAGAACGGAAGACUCGUCCCCUAACAUGUCCAAAACGAUCGAAACGCACCUGCAGAGCAACGAGGUCCGAAUCCCGAAGAAAACGGGAUUCGACGUGUCCUCGUCGGCUGCCCCCAGCCAGUACUUCAAGAGUUCCUUCGCCCGGUCGUUGUCGUUCAGUCAGACCGGUGGCAGCCCGUACGGUGCCGGUGGGUCCGAUCAGCACCACUUUACCCGAUCGCUCGAUUUCGAGGUGAACUUCGGGCUCGCUACCAUUCCGGAUCAGCCGUCGUCGGCGGUUGGUUCGGCGCAGACUACGCCGUCCGCCUCGCCGGUUUAUGAUCCGGAGCGCGACGGCGGCAACGCGAAAACCAAACUGAUCAACGGAAUCGCAACCAGCAACGGAGGAGUCGUCAAAACGCUGUGGAACUAUUCCAAGGGAUCGGACACCAAAACGGCCUCCCCCGGAGGAACCCCAACGAAACUAUCGAUGGCAACGGUGACUCUGGUGCCACCUCAUUCAUCCGCUGUCUCAGUGUUGCCGUCCAGCUCCGGCUCAUCGUCAUCGUCUACGCGAAAGAGCGUUGAAGCCAACGAAAUUGAAGUUCUUCGACUAAGAAAGGAAUGCCAAAAUCUCAUCGAGGAGAAUCGCCGUCUGGUGACUCUGGCCGCCAAUAGCGGAUAUGCUAUCAACGGUGUGAUGAACGGCGGUGGCAGCAGCAGCAGCAAUGCCGGUGGAAUAGGAGGUGGAGCGAACGGGAGCGGUAGCAGUAGCCUUGCAACUCUUGGGCUCGGUCUUGCCGGUGGGGGAGCGACCUACUCCAAUGUCGAAACUGUGAUCCUUCAAACUCAGGUGGAAACCCUGCAGUGGCAACUAAAGCAGGUCGACUCCAGCCGACAGAUGUACCGUGCCGUGAUGGAGGAGGUCGUUCGCUACCUGGACCGAUGCUACCGGAGUCUGGACGCGUUGCAACCGAACAUCAUCGGCCGGUCUAAGAGUGUCCUCCAGGUGUCGAAGGUGCACAGCAGCAGUAACCACAACAACAGCAUCAACCACGACUCGGACAGUAGCAGUGCCAGCAGUCCCCGGGCCCGCAGCAGUACCAAUCUCAACGAUGUUCAGAGAACCUACACCAAAAAGCAGCAGGAGUUGCUGCAGCUUCACCACCAGCAGCAGCUGCAUCAACAACAUCCGGCCAGUUCGGGGUCCGCCACUCCGCUGCUGGACGACGAAUGUGCGCCGCCUUCGCCUGCCAGCUCGUACAGCACUUUCCGAGAUUUUACCUGGCGCCGUUCGCCGAAACGCACCCAGACUCUGCCAAUUUCCAGCAUCGAAGUUGAUCCGGAGAAGCUGGCCCAGGAAGCGUUCCGGUUGUUGCGGACGGUACAGAAUCUGCUCAACACCCAGGAGCCAACGCUGUCGCAGUCGUCCACCGCCCUGGAUAGCCUUUUGCUGGCCUCGGCGGCCGGAUCGGCAACGGGGAGCACCUCCACCUUAACGGGCGUUGGAGGGCCAACCGGAGGGUCCUCAACGGCGACGGUCCAUCACCAUCAUCAUCAUCACCACAUGCCGGGAGCGGUGGAAGCAAUGUACGGUGGGGUGGUAAACGCUAGGAAUAAUGUUGGCUUCAGCCGAAAGUUGAACAUGAGAGGAAGCCGGCUGUCGCUGAGAAGUAGUACGGAUGAUUCGGUGCAUUCAACGUCGUCGUCAAACAAAACGGAAACGGAUGAAGACAACACGGACAGGCCUUCGCCUCCAUUGGGCCAUCAUUUGCACCAUCCUUUGGUGCAUCAGCAUCAGAAUAGUGGAGCUAGUAGCAGUAGUAGCAGCACUACCAGUAGCAAUAGUGGCCAUCUAAUCAACCACCGUCAUAGUGCAAACAUCGACCGCAUCAAAGAGAUGAUGAUCAGCUCAGCGGAGGACGAAAGUGGGUUUAGUUCGAUGAAUUCCUUCCAAGAGAUCGGUCUUCCGCUUAUAAACUCGACCGUCCUAUCCGCGGCAUCUUCCACAACGGGCGUCUGCUCAGCAGAUUCCAAUUCAUCGGCUGCUUCCUCAACUGGGUCAGUUUCCUUCGUAUCCGAUGAAUCCUCUGAUCUGCGGGAUAACACCGUCAUCCCGACCAGCAACGUAACAACGAUCGCCAUAAACGGAGCUUCAUCUGUGUCUUCUUCAUCUUCCACCUCCACACUCACCAACAGUAGCAAACAGCUCUCUGACAAACUGGGCAUCCCGUCCCCAUCCAAGGCACCGGAAAUCCCAGCCCGGGUAACGCAAUCGCCUGCCUACGAGCACCACAAUCACUUCAUCAACCAUCGACGGUGGGAUUCGGCGCCGGUUGUGCCUCCAAAGUUGAAGCUCCACGGCACCGAUUCGGACGGCGGCGUUUCGUCGCGGGUCCUCUGGGUGUAGCGGUGAUAGAAUCCGGCUCGAAUGGCGGGAGCUCUAGCCCUGUCAUCGCCGUCGCUCUCCUCGCAUAUGCGCUUUCUUUUAAGUUUGGCUUGCUGUAGGCUCUCGAGAGCAACUAACUCCAAAAAAUAAUCCAAGAUUGAGCGUCUAAAAAGUUCGGUUAAUUUAGACAAAACAUAAUCCUAGUUUUCUUUUCUGAGUAUUUAUAUCUUCUGAAAGUUCUUCCAAUGUGCGUUGUUUCGAAUGUUGCCGAAAAGAAAUGAUCAGUAAAAUAUUGCAUUUAUUUAGGAAAUGUGUAGUUUUAAAUCAGUUGCAACCAUACCCGGAAAAUUUACGAGUUCAAUGUAAAUUAAACCAGGAACCAUAUUUUAUUACCAAAGCUAAUAAACCCGUGAAAGAUUUGGAUGCGUUUGUUGAGAAAUGUUUCAGUGUAGACACGAACCUUUUACAGCGAAACGAUUCAACGUUCAUUAUUCGAUUUGAACACAAACGGAUGAGAGGAUGCUUUCCAAAUCCAAGAAUAAUAUUUUAAUUGCAAUAGACGAUAAACUAAUAUGAGCAUUUAUAUAACUCGUGUACUUAUCUAUAACAUUACUAUCAAACUAAUUCUAUUGUCACUAUUAUUAUUAUCAUAGGAUCUUUAAAUGUAAAACUACCCGCGUCGUAAGAGAAAACACCAAUAGAUUAUUUUACUACAACUUGUAUCGCUGCAAAGCAAAAA